AAUGAAUUAUCCGCAGUAUCGACAGUCUCGUAUCAAUGGAAAGAAAAUAUUUUGUUUUCUUAAGGAUAACGAACGAACAUAAUAUAAAUAAACGGAUAGAUGAAGAUAAUUUGCGUUCCAUUUGAAUUCGGGGAAUUUGUUGCUAUCGAAAUACUGCUAGUUGUGGUGUUUUAAGUUAAGAAACACAACUCACUGAAUUAAUAAACAUUCUUAUGUUCUAUAUUCUAAACUAAAAGCCAAAUAAACGGGAUGAUUGAAAGACUCUUAGCGAUCAGUCGAGAAAUACCAUUCGUAAUAGCAACUCGUUGUUCGUUAGUGUCGUCCUUUUGAUUCAAGUGAAGAUGUACGCACAAUGUGAAACCAAAUAUAAAAAAAGUGAAGCUAAAGUGGUACAAAUAGACGAAGGACUAUUUGAAAGUAUGGAACGGUUGCAGCUGUUAGUCAACACCGCAGAAACAUCACUGUCCGAAAUGGUUCAAGAGACAGUUAUUUCGAAGGAACAAAUGCAGUUGGAGCUUCUCAUUCAGUUGUUCAAAGAACUGAUAACGACGCGAGAAGAGCAGGCAGAACAACCUGGAAAAACAACCGCUGUGUCUGAAAAGGAGCAGGAGCUGGAGGAUGAACUGGUGCUACUUGCUAACAAUUUGUUGUCAUUGCGAUUGCGACGGCGGCGGAUUGCUAAGUCUCAGAACUGA